AUGGCAACAUUAACCUGUUGUGGAGCCAGUUCCGGCAUAGGUGUUGAUUCAGUUCAACGACCAGGACCAACCGCUUCAUGUGUGGUUGGUCGUGACAAAACCGUGCCAACAUGGAACAAUGAUGAUUCAGCUUCAUCCAAACAUAAAGAGAGAAGUAUCCAUGAAUGUCUAAACCAUAGAAGCAGUAAUUUAAAUUUCACCGAUAAACAAUCAUACAAUAUCUUGCAGUCAAUGGGUCAGGCAAUUCAUAUUUAUGAUGACAAAGGAGUGAUUAUUUACUGGAAUCGGGCUGCUGAAGACCUGUAUGGUUAUUCUGCAUCAGAAGCCGUUGGUCAUAAUGGCUUUGGCCUCAUUGUUGAAAAGCAUGCCUAUGAAGAAGGAAAGGAAAUAAUUCUUAAAAAUGCCAUGGGGGAAAGCUGGACAGGACUGUUCCCAGUCAUCAAUAAACAAGGAAGACGAUUUCGAGUUAUGGAAACUACUUCCCCAUUUUAUGAUGAUUGUGGUACUUUGAUUGGGUUUAUUUCUGUAACUUGUGACUCACAGAUCUUCCAUGAAACUCAAACUACGUGUACUUCUGAAAGAGAACCUUCUAAGGAAGCUUCCUAUGAUCCUAACUCAAUUCAGCUGUCUAAAAGGGGAGCACCGGUAACUAAUGGUCUUAUGUCCCAGCAGAAACCUUUUCAAGUUGCAAUUCCUUCCAAGCUGUUUACUCUGCAGGAAAGACUUUUUGGUGAUUUUGGCGAUGAGGAUAAGAUUGGAGACUGCAAAAUCAUCACUGGUAGGGUGGACGGCAUAUUCUUGCCGCGGGAAGGUGGCAGACAGGACACAUCGAUGACAAAGACUACCACCCAUGGUAUCUAUCCCGCCAUACGUCGUGAACUAAAGGAUGACUUCCAUCAACAGAAGAGUCAGGAAAGUAACCUAUUUAGUGGAAGUAAAGCCUGUAGUUACUCAUCAUCUUCUAGUAACCGAAGCCAUACAAGUAGUACGGUCACUAGUGGUAGUCGUAGUAGUAGCAGCACCAGCAGCAGUAGCACUCCUCGUUGCAGCGAUAUGGAGACAGACUCCUUGAGCUAUGGCAUCUUGUGGGGUGACUUGAUACUUUGUGAACAAAUUGGGACAGGGUCAUGUGCAACUGUGUAUCAUGGUCUUUGGUGUGGCUCGGAUGUUGCUGUAAAGGUAUUUUCUGAAUUUGAGUACUCAGAGGACUUGCUACGAACCUUCAGACACGAGGAUUCACUUAUGAAGAGGUUUCGGCAUCCAAAUGUUCUACUGUUUAUGGGGGCAGUAACUUCAGCUAAGCAUUUGUGCAUUGUCACUGAGUUCCUCCCACGUGGGAGUUUGUUUCAGUUGCUUCGACGUAACCCUCCUGCUUUAGAUUGGAAACGACGUGUUCUCAUGGCUUUGGACAUUGCACAAGGUUUGAAUUAUUUUCAUUGUUACAACCCACCAAUUGUUCAUCGUAAUUUGAAGUCAUCAAAUCUGUUGGUUGAUAAUAACUGGAAACUAAAGAUUGGGGAUUUUGGUCUCUCACGGAUCAAACAUGCAACCUUUUUAACAACAAAGAGUGGAAAAGGAACGCCGCAAUGGAUGGCUCCAGAGGUUAUACGUAAUGAGCCGGCGGAUGAGAAAUGUGAUGUGUAUAGCUUUGGAGUUGUAUUGUGGGAGCUUGCCACCGGAAAAAUUCCUUGGGACGGUCUGACUCCAACGCAGGUGAUUGCUGCUGUAGGGUUCAUGGACCAAGGAAUUGAGAUCCCAAAAAAUAUCGACCCACAAUGGGCAUCUCUCAUCAAGACUUGCUUGCACAUCGACCCAAAAUGCCGGCCAACAUUCGGUAAGCUACUGGAAAAGCUGAAUGCUAUGCGGAGAUAUUAUUUCGCUCCUAAUUAG